AUGGAUGAUGAGGAAUAUAUGAAACCAAUGUUACCAACUGUACCUGAGAAGUGUGGCCCUCCAGUAAUUCCACUAGGGCACCUAAUUGAAUUUGCCGUUCAGCAAAUCUUUCAUGAACUAACUGUACUUUCUGAAUUAUUGCCAAAAAAACUAGAUUCGGAAAGAAAAAUAAGUAUUGUACAAUUUGCACAUUCAACUCGCGUGCUGUUCAUCAAGCUUCUUGCAGUAGUGAAAUGGGUAAAAUCGUCGAAGAAAUUUGAAUCGUGUGCUUCCAUUUGCUACUUCCUUGACCAGCAGUCGCAGUAUUUCUUGGAUACGGCUGACCGUUUGGUACAGUUGGCACGAGAAGAACUUGUUUUUGCAAGAUUGCCUGCUUUUCAAGUUGCAGCAGCUGUUGAUGUUUUAACGGUUGGGACAUUCUCGCGACUUCCUGCAUGUAUAAAGAAUCGUUUCAUAUCGGAUUCUUUAAUUACUCCGAAAGAAGAAGCAAGUGUUUUGUCUCGACUAAAUCAUGUCAUUCAGUGUCGCAUUUCGAGCUUUGGAAUAAAACUCUCACCUCGUAUAUCUAAGAUAGUGAUCAGGAAUGGAAUGGUCACUAUGACAGUUAAUGGAGAAUUCGAAGUUUCUUUAACUCUCCUCGGUGAGCGGCCGACUACAAAAUGGACAUUGCUGAACAUCAAAAUAUUAGUGGAAGAUUAUGAAAUAGGUUUUGGAACGAAGCUAGUUCACCCUCUACAAGUGAACAUGCUUCAUAAUGUGUUACAAUUGAGAAUGGAUGAUAGUCAGGAACCGCUUGAUGAAGUUUAUAGUUUCUUGCAUUCAUUUGCUCAAAUGCUGCAACUCGAUGUUUUAUACUGUCAAGCCACACAAGUAUUCAGUGGUAGUAUGCAGCAGUACGGAAUUAUUGAACGAUAUGAUCGUGAUGCAGGAGUCCUAAUUCUAAAUUAUUGGCUUAGAAAAACGCAGCAUAACAGAAGACUUUCAAUCAAUCGUUUGUUAUCAGAAACGGUUGGUAUCCGCUGCCGUGAGCGACUGCUACGUAUUCGUGAAAGGCUAGGUCUGCUUAAGCCACCAGCUGUGGUAUCAUUAACUGGAAGAGCUGCUCCAACGCUUACUUAUCCAUUGCUAGGAGCAGACUCACAUCCUGACGAAAUGCUUAUUUUAUCAGUUAACGACUUUUCCGGAAACGUUCUCGCAGUUGUCCGAGCAUUAGGGUUCUGUCCAGAACUUCGAGAACUAGAACAGCUCUUUGACGAUCGCGUACCGUUGAAAGCUAUUGGAGAUAAGAUGAACAGAUUGAGAAUUUUAUUGAUGUUAAAAAGGUAUCGAAAAGCGAUUGCACCUCUUCCAGUCCGUAUCGUUCCAGAGAACGUGUUUUCUGCUCGAUUAGCAAGCUUGCCUGAGUUGCCUCCUGAUCGAAUAUGUCUUCAGUUUAUUAAAGAAGAGAUUUAUUACCUCAUUGUUUCCUUCACAUCAAAUAUGGAAAGUGGUGUGGAUAUUGAUAUGUAUUUGGUGUCGAAUGUGGAACGAAAACUGAAUACAGUGUGGUUACAUCCCUCGCAGCUAUUAACAUCGCUUCCAGAAUCAAGUUGUUUGAGUCCGAAAUUUGAAAGUGCCUUAGAUCCACCUGCUAAGCGUCGCUGCUGGCUGGGUGACAAAAGGUUGCUGACAUCAGCAGUGGCAACUUUAGACGAUCGUCUUGCUUUUAUGAGAAUUUGUGAAGAACUUGACCGUCGUAAUGUCAAAUAUAAGCCUCUGACUGUAGAAACAACAGUUGGUGGCUUAAUUUUGCAUAUAACAGAUAUCUCGGAAGCAGUACCUUCAGGAUCGGAUGAUUUCUUUUCAUCCGUAAUCAAUAGUUGUCUACGACUGGAUACGAGAACUCGAGUUAUUUGGCCAUUUGAAUGUACAAUGAUUAAUACACCGUUGGUCGCUGACUUCUGUGAGCCUACCAUUCAUGAUGGCCAUGAGUUUAUGAAGACAAAAACAACGGUCAUGGAAAUUCACGGUAGUGGCGGGAUUUCGUCACCAAAUACAUCAGAAAGUGUUUCAACGCAUAUGGUUGACCGUUUAGUUGUUUUUUCACAUAUGUAUGACCCUGUCAAGGAGUUUGCUGUUGCUUAUUAUAAUUACUACAAUAAAUUCUGUCAUAUUGUGGCAUUUACUUAUCACAAACUUGUUCUCGCAUAUGGCUUAAAUCGAAACAUGUUAAUGAUGUUGUCGUGGCGAACUCAGAAGGCUCCUAAUAGUAAGCAGUAUUUUUAUCUUACUUUUGGAAUCGGACCAAGUCAACGAAUGGCGGCAUCUGAUCUAGCCAAUUGCGAAACGUUGUGGAAUCCACAUGUUUUCUUGGCUUCUCGCCUUCAGGAACGAUUCAACAAACGUCGAUCUCUAAUUGACCUCGUACAAUACUUAAUCGAUACUAUUGCACCCCUUUCUGCACUCCAUUCAUUUACUCGAAUUCGUCUUCAAUCACUAAGAGCGUUUUGUCAGAUGAUGUGCUAUGAUGCUGCUUUUGCUGUGGACUUGCAAACUACAGUAUCAAUCGUCGAUGAGUAUAGAAUUCGUGUAAUUUAUGGUCAUAUACAUCUAGAAUUCCUCUUAUUGAGUAAUUCAAGACUUGGUCUGCGUGACUGCUCAGUAGGUUCAAAUUGCGCGCUGCGAUUGCGCCAGUUUUGCAACAAUUUUUUAAGUUCAGAAUUGCGAAGUUUAAAUGAGGAAAAAUCUCCUAGUGCGCCUAGUUGGAUAGCAACUGGUUCUGGGCCUGGGUCAUUGCCAUCCCAUCAAAUGGGUCGCUCUCCAGCUUCAAGGUUAGUGUCUUCGCCAAUGUCGCAUAUGUCUUUAUCCGUUCCACCUGUUGAUAGUGUAGGGUCUCUACGCCACUCAUCUGAUCAUCGUUCGAAAGCGCCCAUACUGUUGGAUCAUGAUGCGCUGUUCUGCAUGAUGUCUGUUGAUGGAUCUGGAACCUGUCCGCUUGAUCAGUACUUGUUUGCAUUAACGUAUUUAUCGAAAUUGGGGCCAGCCUUAGAAGGGUAUCGUCGAGAACAUCGUGGAUCUGGAGCACAUCCAGUGAUUCAAUUUCGGCAACUAAUUAUAACAGCAGAAAGUAUUCGUUUGUCAGUAUUAGGCGCUGCACCUCCGAAUCUAAAACACGAGCCAUUUUUAGUCAACAUGAAUAUUUAUUUGGAUGACGAAACGAUGAGUUUAAAAAUGAAACUGGAUUUUGACGGUGAAGAUGUGCCUUCUGAGAGUGAUAUUCGUAUCGCAGAACUUUACUUCGUGAAAGUUGUUGCUCACUUAGGAAAUGAGAUCGCGGUAGUUGCUUUUGCAAAUGCUUGCAGACUUGCUGCACCAGGCGCAUUCUCUGCUAUCGCGCGCAUAAUGAGUGUGCAAAUGAAUUGGACAGAAGACACUCCAUGGCGCCCAUCAAUACAACUCGUAAUGUGGAGUCAAGAAGGAUCAGUUCCAAGAGCUCGUAUCUCACCAGGAAUAGUUAUUGAUCAGACCAAUAUCAGCGUAUUAAUCUUGCUUUGUUUGCGACCGACGCGUCAUAACCCAUCAGAAAAAAAUGCUGACGCAUCAAAACAUUUGAUACCUCUUAUCUACAACACGCAAACAAAUACAGUUGCUCGACGAAGCAGCGGUGCAGAUGAUGAUGCUAGUAAUGCGACAACUGUUUUAUCUAAUGUUUCCGAGCAAUAUUCUCUUACAAAUGAACCAGCCCUGUGGCCAGCGAUCUACUCUCUUGCCCAUAACUUUGCAUUGCAACGAUAG